UAGCGCGUCUUACCAAAUAACAACACAUGAGGAAAGCAAUCAUUGGUCAGAGUUGAGCUGAUUAAUACCUGCAACUUUGUGGUUUAAAGGGACUUUGUCUACCCGGAUUAUUUAGCUGCCCGUUCUAUUUAUCAGAAUUAUAACAUGACGUUAUUGUACCCAUUACAUUGCAUUAACUUACCUUCUGUUCUCAAAGCUAUCUAUUUUAACCGCGGUAAGGGGUUAAGAAAAGGAUUCCACGCUGCUCGGACCAAACCACUUCAGUGCUGGAGGAGGAGGGACCAUCUAUCGUGAGGAUCAGAGGUGAUGACACGCGCGACACCCAGUCCCGCCGGAGGUCUCGCGCCGGAGACAUGGUGACAGCAGACUGGACUAACUUGCAGGAUUUACACAAAGAAUAGUUAUCGAGCUGCUCCCGCUGGACUGUAGUAGACACCAAUGGGGAAUUCCUAUGCAGGCCAGCUGCGGACCACACGCUUUGAGGAGGUUCUGCAUAAUUCCAUUGAGGCGUCUCUGAGGUCCAACACUGUAGUGCCUCGACCGGUCUUCUCACAGCUGUACCUCGAGACAGAGCAGUCAUUGGCUCAUGAUGGCCGUGCAGAGAAUGAGGAUGAGGACGAUGAUGAUGGCUCAGAGUCAAACAGCCCUCCAAUACCCUAUCAGAUGAAGCCCCCACCUGAAGGAUGUUGCACCACAGAUGGCUUCUGUCAGGCAGGCAGGGAUCUGCGUCUGUCCUCACUGGCAUCAGAUCCCUUUGAAGUUCCCUCUGGGUUCAUGCUGGUUGGAGUGAAGUCCCCCUCUCUCCCUGAGACCCUGCUGGUCUGUGCCGUGGACCACCGCUUCCUGCCAGAUGAACGGGGCCACAACGCACUGCUGGGCUUCUCUGGGAACUGUAUGGGCUGUGGAGAGAAAGGCUUUCGCUAUUUCACAGAGUUCUCCAACCACAUAAACCUGAAGCUUAGCAUGCAGCCAAAGAAACAGAAGCACUUGAAGUUCCAUCUGUACAGAAACAACCAGGGUCAGCUGGUCAAAGGAGCACCCAUCUUUUGGAGAGGAUAUGAUGGCAGGAUGAGACGAAUAGUGUCCAGCCUCUCAGAAGGUCAUGUGACUGCAGAUGAACAACCACCAAAUAUUACGCAGACUCACCCCUCACACACACCUGGCAGCUACACAGCAGGACCACAAGUGGACCCAACUGUUGUACCACAAAUAUCAGAUGUCCCCCCUUCGCUCACAAAUGGCAACCAUGCUGUUCCCUCCUCCAUCACACAGCCACCUUUGAAUCAGUCAGGUCCUGGGAGACCCUCAGCUACAGGCCCCCCUGCAAAUGCUGGACCUCCAAAAAAGAGGCACAAGGGCUGGUCCCCUGAGUCAUCUGCCAACAGUCUCCCAGAGAGCACCGUGAAGACACCUCCAUCUUCAUCCACCUUAUCAACAAUACCUGUGCUUUCUGCCAUAGCUAAUGGAGCCAGAUCAGAGACCGCCGCCCCGCUGAGUUCAUCACAGGCAUCCUUAACCCCAAUUUCUCCCCCAGGGCUGUCUGUAACAAUCCCUGAUCAGCUGCUACACACCUGUAGACUGCAACCUGUCAUCUUUAAAGGUCAUGGCCCUCUCCCUCAGCUGACUGGAAAUGUUGGUGAAGUGCUCGUCAGUUCUCUGCUUCAGAGUUGUUAUCUGAGCUCCCAGACACUCCCCAGAGUCUACCAACACUACGGGCCAUCACCCAUUCAGCCAUUGUCCACUGAGAUGCAGAUUUUGCUCACAGUCUACUAUCUUGUUCAGCUAGGUCCAGACCAGGUGCCCCUCAUUGAGGACUUGGAGCAGAUAUUCAUGAGGUCAUGGAGGGAGUCACACCUCAGCGAGAUCAGACAGUACCAGCAACCUCAAACAACUGCCAACCAAGGGAGACACUACGGUAUAGAGGGCCCGUCCACCCUACCUGGCCUCCCCCAGCAUCUCUCCUUGCCUCCUCAGAGCCAGCAACCUCUGACUCCCAGUCAGCUUCCCUGGCUCGCUCAGCUAGCUGCAUCAUCCUGUGGAGAGGGUGUGGUGGUUUUAGGGGAGCAGAUUGGAUCUUUGGCUCAGGGCAUCCAGCAAACGUUCAGCAGGCUGAUGGAGCGACGUCUUGAAAACACCAACUAUGUCGUUAUUAUUGUCACUGUGCCGGGACAGGAAACACAAUCCUGUGUGAUAGUCACAGGUAAACACCAGUGUCGUGCCUUGGCAGAGAGCAUGUACUCUCCCAGUGAGGGAUUGAAAGAAAUCAAUCAUCAGCUCUCCACUGGUGUUGCUCAGGAGCUCAUUCACUUCUGUAACUCCCUCGGUCAAGAUGGUGAUUUGGAUUCCCUGCUGGACAGUGCCACAGUGGACAGCAGUGAGCUGUCUCCAAUGUCUAGCAGUCAGGAGUCAGCUGAAGAGAAAAAUCCAAAAACCACAAGUAGUCCUAAAGACAUCCAAAGUUCAAAAGAUACGCAGACACGGGGUUCCAAAGACUCACCCAGCACUAAAGUGGGAGCUUCAAGUCCCAAAGACACCUGUACAGAAUAUUCUGUGGAUUGGUGUGAGGUGCGUCCUAUUCAGCUGGCAGUGGCCAGAAAGCUGCUGUCCCAUGUUUGUGCGAUAGCAGAUUCCAGCACACAGAAUCUGGACCUGGGAUCUUUCGACAGGGUCAGCUUCCUCAUCCUGGUCCCACCCUCUGAGGUCACAUUUCAGCAGACUGUUCUUCACCUCUGGAGCUCUGGUGUCCUUCAGGAGCUUGGGGGUUUAGAUCAGGAGUCUGUGUCUCAUCAGGAGGCCGAGCGUUAUGUGGUCAAGAUGGAUCAGAGCGCUCAGACACGAAUUGACAGCCUUAUCCAGGAAGCACACAGCAAUUCUUACACACUUUACAUCCUGGUCCAUGACCAUGCCCACCGCGACAUCAACAGUGCAUCUUGCAGCAGCCCAGACAGUAGUUUGGGCCUGGUGGACCAGCUGUUGAACUCCAGACAGGUCAAGGAUGCCCCAAACAUCCUAAUCCUCCAUGUCACCUCCUUCCCUUUCAGUCUGCAGACACAGUAUACUCGCAUCAGUCCAUACAAUGAGAUCCACUGGCCAUCUGCAUUCAGUAAUGAUGUCGACCUUUACCAUGAAAGGACGCGGUACUUUGGUGUGUCAGAGCUUUUAGAGUCGACACGUUCAGGAAGCAGUCUGCCUCUGAUGCGUUGUGAUUCCUCCUUUGAAAGCAUGGCAUCUGCUCUGGAAGAGAGGUUCCCAAAGCUCCACAGUGCUGUGAUCCGGACCACAGUUUUGAUCCAACAUUACUGUGUAGCCCUGAUGGCUGCAUCUGGCAGAAUCAGCAGCUCCGAAAAUCUCCAUAAACACACAUCUGUUGAAACCCUGGAGAUUGUACAAUCACUUCUCACUGCUGCCCAGCAAUGUCCCGCCCACCAUGGUCACAUGGUCUUGUUGCGGAUCCCCUCUCUGGCUCUGGCUGCUUGGGCCCACCGACGGCUGUCUAGAGUUAGGAGGCAGCUGGGUCUGGAGGAGAGUUUUGAAAUCAUAAUGGGGAAUCCAAACCAAGCUCUGAUUAUUGGGCAGAGCUUCAUCGAUCAGAUCAAGACAUGGCUAAAGAUUCACGAUGCUAACUGGGUUCCUCGGACGUACCUGGAGCUAGAGGCGCUUCCCUGCAUACUGAUUUUGUCUGGAGCUGAGCCGCUGGGAGAAUCCCUACCCAGGUCUCUGAAGUACUGUGAUCUUCGAGUGAUAAGCUGCUCCUACCUUCAGAGAACUACUCUCGAGCAAGAGAUAGGACUGGCUGCUUAUCUGGUGAAGGCAGAGUCACGACCCCCACACAACCCUGGACCAGGAAGUGACCAACUGGAGAGUGACGCAGAAAAACUCAGCAGUACUGACAACGAGGAGGAGGAGGGACAAGAAAAUGGGGACUCCCCUCUGUCAACCAGUCAGCAGCUUCGGUCAGGCCCAGAAAGUGGAGCCUCCGAUCCCUUCCCUGCUCAAAGCACCACCUCUCCAAAUGUUCAGAAGGGGACCAGUGAUACCAUUAAAUCUCCCUCGCCAUCACAGACUCAAUUUCAACCCCAGCCUUCAUCUCAGUCUGUAUCUAUACUAUAUCCUCAACCUGCACCGCACCACCAAGCCCAUCCUCAUGUGCAGAGUUACUCCCAGCCUCCUCCGACGUCCCAGCCACAGCCACAGCCCCAAUCGCAAAAUCAGUCAUCUCAAACUAAUUCCCAACAUUACACUCAAACAGCUCCCCAACAUCACUCCACCUCUCAGAUUCAGCAACCAAACUCUCAACCACAACUGCCACCCUCUAACCAGUCUCGCCGCCAACACUCCAAGUCAACCUCCUCUGGCUCUUUGUCCCCACGAGCCUCCUCUCCUCAUCUGAGCUGUUCCUGGGGGCGAGGAGUGAGUCGUCCGCCCUCAGUGCUCCUCCCUCGUGCUCUUUAUGAUAUCAUCACAGCCAGCGACAGCAGCGGGCUUCCACGAUGUACUUCGUUCCUGCCACACAUGUCUGUCGCAUGGGCCAGCAGCUUCAGGCCCUUGCUGAGUAAGAUGAUGACGUGCACAGAACAGUCACUGUACUAUCGCCAGUGGACCGUCCCUCGCUCCUACCACAUGGACUGCAGCAAUCGCACUGAAGGACGGAGCGACAACUUUCACCCUCGCAGGCUGCUGCUCAGCGGACCCCCACAGGUGGGAAAAACAGGAGCAUACCUGCACUUCUUGGGCAUACUGUCUCGGAUGCUGAUCAGGCUGAUGGAGGUGGAUAUCUACGAUGAAGAAGACAUCAACUACUGUGCCCAAGCAGAAGGGGUGCAGUACCACCCACCAAAUACUCGCUGGCCCAACCCAGACAUCAUGAAGACGAUGCCCUUUGAUUACACCAUCCAUGAUCCAAAAUAUGAUGAUAUUAGCUCUGUUUUUUGUCCUGAAUAUAAACCCAAUGCUGAGGGAAACCCUGUGCGCCAGGAGGAGGUCUACCUUCGAAGGCGAACAUCUAGGAUUAAACUGUCUAAAUAUGCAGCCUACAACACCUAUCACCACUGUGAGCAGUGCCAUCAGUACCUGGGUUUCAACCCGAGAUACCAGAUGUAUGAGUCAACUCUGCAUGCCUUCACAUUCACCCAUCUACUGCUUGGUGAAGAAAUCCAACUCUACUUCAUCAUCCCGAAGUCUAAAGAGCACUACUUCAGCUUCAGCCAGCCAGGGGGGCAGCUGGAGAGCAUGAGGCUGCCUCUUACCUCUGACUGGAGCCCAGACUGCAUCAAGAGUCCAAUCUUCACUCCAACCACUGGUCGUCAUGAGCAUGGUCUCUUUAACCUGUACCAUGCUAUGGAUGGAGCUUCACAUCUACAUAUCCUGGUGGUCAAAGAGUAUGAGAUGGCUGUGUAUAAGAAAUACUGGCCCAACCACAUUAUGCUGGUUCUGCCCACUGUCUUCAAUGGAGCUGGAAUAGGUGCUGCUCACUUCCUCAUAAAAGAGCUCUCCUAUCACAACUUAGAGCUGGAGCGAAGUCGGCGGUUGGAGGGAGGGGGCCCAGCAGGUGAUGUCUGGCCCUUCAUCAUACUGGCAGAUGACUCCUGUGUUAUGUGGAAUGCAGUGGAUCUUGACUCACGCAGUGGUCCAGUAGAGCACGCUGUGUCACUGAAGCAGGUCUUACAGCACAUGGAGGCCUGCCCAGACCUGGCACAUUAUGGACUCUGUGGGAUCAAGAAGUGGAGCAGCCGUGGACUUGCAGGUAAACCAAAGAGAGAGCCCUUCUCCAGAGGUCAUCUUCAUGACUUCCUCCUCCUCAAUGUUGACCGGAGUCAGAACAUCCAGUACGACCAGAACCGUUUCACCUGUCAUGAUGUGGACUUCACCCUGAGGCUGCACAGUGCAGGACUGCUUGUCUGCAGGUUUAACAGCUUCAGUGUCAUGAAGAAGCAGAUCGCCAUUGGAGGAUACAGAACAUUCAUCAUCAAGACCAAGAUGACGGAUGUUCCCACUUCAGUGGGGCCAUCACAGUAUGUCUGUGCCCCAGACAGCAAGCACCUUUUCUUGGCUACACCAGCUCAGCUGCUCCUGGAAAAAUACCUCCAACACACCAGCCAGAAGCUGUUUCCUCUCAGCACCAAGAACUACACACACCCAGUCCUGUCUGUGGACUGUUACCUUAACCUGGGACCUGAGAUGACGGUGUGUUUUGUGAGUUCGAGACCUCACUCUUUCAACAUCGGUACAACAGGGCUGCUCUUCAGUGGCCUUCUUCUCUGUUUUGCCGACUCCUUUGUGACAGCAGGGUUCCUCAAAAAGUUCUCCUUCCUUAAAGGUGCGACUCUGUGUGUCAUCGGUGCAGAUCGUAGCUCCUUGAGGCAGACGGUGGGCAGGCUGGAGCUCGAGGAGGAGUGGAGGUUCAGGCUCAGCGACGAGUUCCAGACUGCCAACGCCAAGGAGGAUCGACCACUCUUCUUUCUUACUGGAAAACAUAUAUGACUGAAACACAUGAACACCGCAGGUUCUCAAAGACUUGUGAUCAGGAUUGGUUUCACUUUUACUACCAAAGAAUAAAUGUGAUGGAGUGUUUUUUCAGCAUGGAAGUAGGCACAGACUUACAGCAACAUACACCUGUUGCCGCGAGGAAUCAUCGGAAAAGAAUAGAAGACUCUGAGGUGGACCUUCAACUCAGAGAUUUAGCAUCUCAUGUGGCCUGGGAUUGCACUGGGAUCCAGGCUGCUAUUGCAACCCGACCUGGGACAAGCUGAAGAGACAGGAGGAAUGGACCUACGAGACCCUCUGAAAAUGUUGUGGUUGGAAAGUAAAACUGAAUGAUCAUGACUGCUCAUUGCUCAAACCAACCACUAUGGAUUUGGGGGUGAGGUCCAGUUCUUGGCUGCUAAUAUAAAAAUGGACAGCUGUGUCUGGAGGUCAUCAUCUUUGAAAAUAGUAGUGUGUUUUUGCCAACUUAACAUGAGGAAAUCAUUUUGUAUCAUACGUUGUUUUUCUGCUUGUGUUCUGUUUUGUUGAUGUUUUUUCUUCAUGUGGCCUGUUUUGUGUCAUCAUCAUCAUCAUGUGAGCACAGAAGGAAAGUUCUACACAACAAUUUCAGGAGGAAUAUUGUGUUUUUUCAGUAUCAUUCGGGAGCUAUGUAUAUUACAGGUACACAAUCAAUUUGUAAGAGUGAUGUUUUUGGCAUGCUUAAAAUGUUUUAUUCUUGAAGAAAAAUAACAAUUGUAUAGUUUUAACAUAAGGAUUCAAAAUGUAAAAAUGUGGGUCGGAAGUACGGAAAAAUGACUUUCUUUAAAAGAAUGAAGUACUGCAUUUUUGUAUCUUCGUGUGUCUUUGCAUGUUUAGCUAUGUUCAAGAUGUUAUUGCAGUAUCACAGGGUUUUGCACACAGCUUGAGAUACUGUAUAAAGGGUUGACACAAUCAUUUGUGCGCUAUGAUAGCCAAUUAUUGGCAAUAUGGUUUAAUAAUAGCUUUUUUUGUCAGUUUUUAAAUAAUGUUAUGAAUAUAUUUAGAAUGAUUUGCGUAAUGUAAAAAAGUACUUAUUGACUGUGUGAACUAGACAACAUGUCUGGCAUGAUCAGUUUUUGCGAAGUUUUUAUGCUUCAUUGUUUGAAUGAUAAGUUGCAUUUGUAAUAGGAAUCAACUGGGUUGGCAGCUUCUCACUAUUUACGCUUUUGUAUGCCUUGAAUUGUAUAAAUGUACAUACGUUUUACAUUUCCUCUGUGUUUGUUCCCAUUAUUUUUCAAAAAUCGUCCAGAUUAAACACUUUUGAGAUGCUUUACAA